AUGUCGUCUGCUUUCAAAACAGUGUCGGAAGAGGUCGACAAGCUGGCGAGCAAUGACUCGCUGGAACACAUACUGACCGAUUCGAAGUCGCUAUUAGACAGCCUGCGCAGGCUCAGAAACGACGUGGAGAACGAUCAGGAUGAUAUGACUAUGAUAAAGACCCAGUUCAAGAGCUGGAGUGAGAAUACGCUGAAGAACGAAAAAUCCAUCAACAAGUCGAUCAAGAACUACGGCUCCAAAAUCGACAAGGUGCUCAAUUUCAAUCUAUCUAAUAUUUAUACCUACCAGACUGUGGAUGUCAACUCAAAUCCGCGGGCCCGCAAAUUAGUGGACCGGGCAAUUGUGAUGGAUUUGCUGCGCAAUGGUCAUUUUGAUGUUCUCGAGCACAUUGAGAAGCAACGCGGCAUCAAAGUGCCACAGGAGCUGGUGGACAGGUUCAAGCAACUGAACGAAAUCCUAAUCAGUUUCAGAGAACACGAUGAUCUUCAGCCAGCUAUCAUGUGGGCCGCGCAGCACUCUAAUGAACUGAAAUCAAUAGGCUCAGACCUGGAGUUCAACCUGCACAAACUGCAAUUCAUCAAGCUGUACAACCAGAGCAAGAACAACGAGCCUUUCGAAGCCUACAAAUACGCAAGGGACAAUUUCCCAAACUUCGGAACCACGCAUCUGGACACCAUCUCGAAACUACUCUUCACAAUCAUGUACUCCUCAUCCACGCCAGACUGCAAGUUUGAGAACUAUCUGACGGACGGCGACUUGUCAAACGAGACCUUUUACAACCAAAUAUGUCAGGAUUACUGCUCUUUGAUCGGACUUUCUUCGAAUUCGCCUCUCUAUAAUACCCUGCUCACCAGCUACAUCGCCUUGCCCAGCUUCAUCAAGUACCACAGGAUCUCCAAGAGCUCGGGCAACCUUAACUGGACCACCACUAACGAGCUUCCGUUUGAAAUCAACCUGCCUCCAUCGUUGCAGUUCCAUUCCAUCUUCAUCUGCCCCGUGUCCAAGGAAGAAACGACUUCCGAAAACCCGCCUAUGGUGCUUCCAUGCCGCCAUAUCAUUUCCAAAGACAGUCUCAUUAAGCUGAGUCGCAACAGCGUGGCCAACUUCAAAUGUCCUUACUGUCCGCGAACCAGCACCAUUGCCCAGGCAGUGCAGGCUAGAUUUGUGAAUUUGUGA